AUGGACGAUCUGACGAAGAAAAAGCGAGUUAGAGGAGGCCACAGAGCAUCGGCAAGUAAGCUUGUGGCAAAGAUAAUGGAAGCGAUACCGAAAGCAAGCGCAGAGAGCCCAGAGAAGGACUUAGUAUGGCUGAGACAAAGCCAGAUCACAUUACGUGACAAAAUCAAAAUGUUGAAAGAGCUCGAUGAACAAGUCAUUGAUAUACUCAGCGCAUCGAAAGACGAAGACGUCGACGAACAACUUGGCAAAGAGAUCGAGGAUUCAGACGAAGCGAUCGCAGAAUUGGAAAGAACGUUGCUUCAACUCGAUGACGCGCUAGGAAAACUCGGAGGACAAAGCCUGCCAUUAUUGACGCAACGAAUCUCACAUCAGCCGAAGGAAACCUUGAUCAAAGUCAUGUUUCAAUAUCAAGUGCGGGUAAAAUCAUAAGAGCGAAGCUUCCGAAACUUAGACUACGGAAUUUCGGCGGAAAGAUUUGUGAAUGGCCAGAGUUUUGGGAUGGAUUUUCGAGCUCGAUAGACAACAAUGACCAAUUGUCGGAUGUUGACAAGUUCGCCUAUCUGCGCGGAUAUUUGGAAGGGCCAGCAAAGUCUACCAUCGCUGGUCUCUCGUUGACGGGAGCGAAUUACAAGUACGCGGUGGAAUUAUUAAAGAAACGAUUCGAAAAGAAAAGCGCAGUACAACGGGCGCAUGUAAAUGAACUAAUGCAAUUGCCGGCGGUUUAUAAAGAACGAGAUACACUAAGAUUGCGGAAGUUGUAUGACAGCUGCGAAGCGAACAACCGCGCAUUGAAAGCCCUGGGAGUGAACGAAGACUCGUAUUCAGCCAUUGUUCUUCCGACAAUCAUGGAAAAGUUGCCAGAACAGUUUCGUUUGACCAUCACGCGAGGGCAGAACUUUCUAGAAUGGUCGAUGGAAGAAAUGUUAAACGCUUUUGAGAAGGAACUCGAACUUCGUGAAGCGCACAAUGCAGUGGGAACGAAUUCGGAUCGAGAGCAGGAAAGACACGAGCGAAAUUCGGGUUUAAAGAAAUAUGGCCAACAUCAUCCUGGAACUGCAGCUGCACUGUUAGCAAACGAAAGGAGAGGAAACUGUGCCUUCUGUUUGAAGAAUCACAAUCACGAAGACUGCGAGGGAGUGAAAGAUCCGAAGACACGAAAGAGUUUGGCUCGUAAAUACGGUAGAUGUUUUCUUUGUUUAUGUAAGGGCCAUAGAGCCAGUAAUUGUACUGUUAAAUAUAGGUGUAAUGGUUGCAAUGGGGCACAUCAUGUUGCAUUAUGUGAUGCAAGCCCUAAAAAAGACGAUAAACAUGACAAAACAGUCGAACCUGACGAAGAAUCUAAACAGGUCCCUGUUAAUACUAAUGUGCAUGUGACUAGUUCCAGUAGUAACUUGCAUGCGGGAACUGGUAGCCUGGUUGCCUUGCAAACUGCACGCGGGGUUUUAAGGGGUGAAAGGGUGGCUAAGGUGCGGGUUCUCUUUGAUGCGGGAAGUCAUCGUUCCUUUGUUACUUCUAAAGCAGCUGGUCUUGUGAAUCCCAAGGGCUUAAGAAGGGAAUUGUUAGGGAUUAAUACGUUCGGUCAAAAAUGUACCAAUGCCGAGCACAGGGAGGUGGUCGAAUUAAAGCUUGAACCUGUUAACGGGAAUAAGGUUAUCUCCUUAGAAGCAUUUGUAGUGCCAGAAAUCUGUAGAAUACAGAAUAGCCAUGUAGAACUAGCAAGGAGAGAAUACCCACAUUUGAAAGGUAUAUGGUUUUCAGAUGUCUCGAAGUGUCAGGGUGAGCUAGAGAUAGAUGUGUUGAUAGGGGCAGACUACCUCUGGAAUUUUCAGACAGGUGUAACCAAGAGAGGUAAAUCUGGAGAGCCAGUUGCCAUAGAAACUGAGUUAGGAUGGGUUUUAUCAGGGCCUUUGAGAGUGCAAAAUAUAGAGGGAGCAGAGUUAGCCCAAGUAAAUUUUGUAGCUCAGAGAAUGAAUAGUGAAGAUAGUUUGGAGAGUAAUGUACAGAAGCUGUGGAGUUUUGAAGGGUUAGGUAUCUAUGAGGAAGAUAAGGUUCAUGAGGAGUUUUUAGAUGGCAUAUCUUUCACAGGUGGUAGAUAUUCUGUGAAACUACCCUGGAAGGAAAGUCACGACAAAUUGCCUGACAAUUAUGCAAAUAGCUUAGGUAGAAUGAAGAAUCAGUUACGACGACUGAAGAAGGAGCCAGCAUUGUUGACAGAGUAUGAUUCUAUCAUCAGAGAACAGGUAGAGCAAGGGGUUGUAGAACCGGUAGUAGCAUUAGAGAAAGUUGAUAAAGUUCAUUAUUUACCACACCAGGCGGUCAUCCGCAAAGAUGCAGUGACCACAAAGGUUCGGGUUGUUUAUGAUGCUUCCUCUAAAGAAUGUAAAUCAGGAACAUCACUUAAUGACUGCUUGCAUGUUGGGCCAUCCCUCAAUCCAUUACUAUAUAGCAUAUUGAUGCGGUUUAGAGAAAACAGGAUUGCUUUAGUAGGCGAUAUUGAAAAGGCUUUUUUGAAUGUGGAGGUUGAUGAGGCAGAUCGAGACUGUUUGAGGUUUUUGUGGGUAAAUGAUAUUGAGAGUGAUAGGUGGGAAACAGUUGUUUAUAGGUUUUGUAGAGUAGUAUUUGGAUUGAAUGCAUCUCCAUUCUUACUCAAUGCAACAUUAAGGCAUCAUGUCUCAAAGUAUCUUUCAACAGAUCCUGAGUUUGUGAAGAAGGUGCUAGAAAGUUUCUAUGUAGACGAUUUAGUUAGUGGGGAAAGUACGGUAGAUAAAGCAUUUCAGUUAUAUGAUAAGACUAUGAGCAGAAUGGCACAAGGGGGGUUCAAGCUAAGAAAGUGGUCUACCAACAGUAAUAUAUUGGAAAGUAAAAUUAAGGUGCAUGAGAUAGACCAAUGUGAGACAAAACACAUUGUUGAGGAUCAUCAAUCAUAUGCAAAAUUAUCCCUUGGAGUAACAGGAUGUGAAUCAAAAUGCCAUAAAGUGUUAGGACAGGCAUGGGAUAACAAGAGCGAUGAGUUUAAGUUUGAGGUUGCGAGAGUGGGGGAAAGGGCAAAAACCUUAUCACCUACAAAGCGAAAUCUACUGAGUGUUUUAGCAAGUUUAUUUGAUCCUCUCGGAAUAAUUAGUCCAGUCAUUGUAUGUGCCAAAAUAUUGUUCCAAGAAGUAUGUAAGGAUAAAGUUGAUUGGGAUGAAAACUUCACUGAUGAGUUACUGCAUAAGUGGGAGGGUUGGUACAGGGAUUUGAUAGAAACUAAGGAAAUUACCAUUCCUCGCUGUAUAUAUCAACAUCGUGCAGAAGAUGUUUUGGAGUGUACCUUGCAUGGAUUUGGCGAUGCGAGCAAGAAGGCAUACUGUGCUGUUGUAUAUUUUGUGUAUCGUACUAAUGUAGGGGUUUAUGUCCGCUUAUUGACAUCAAAGGCAAGAGUAGCUCCCUUAAAAGCAACUAGUAUUCCCAGGUUAGAGUUAAUGUCAGCGAGGCUGUUAGCGCAGAUUAUGAAGUCAGUAAAAGCGUCACUUGAAAACCAAGUUAGGAUAGAUAGUACCAAGUUUUGGCUUGACAGCAUGACAGCACUCUACUGGAUAAUGAAUAGGGGUGAAUGGAAACAAUUUGUCCACCACCGAGUAAAUGAGAUCUUGAAGCUAACGAACAAAGGGGAUUGGGGACAUUGUCCCGGGAUUGAAAAUCCUGCUGACAUUGGGUCAAGAGGUGUAAUUGCUUCACAAUUGAAAGAUAACAAGUUAUGGUGGGUGGGGCCAGAUUGGCUAACUAAGUCCAAAGAGGAGUGGCCAAAAUUUGAGGCUACUGAUAAGACAAAGACAGUUUUGGAAGAGGAACGAAAGUCUGUAGUUAUGGUUGUAAAGGUGACAGAGCCAGCUAGUAUAAGUAGAGUGAUUGACUUGAGUGAUUAUGGGACAGCAGAACAACUUUUUAGAGUAACAGCUUGGGUACUUAGGUUUGGGUUUAAUGUACGAGCAAAAGCAAGGGGCAUUGAUAGGCAAAGUGGAGAGUUGACAGUGAAUGAGUUAGUUGAGGCAGAGAGUAUAUGGAUUAAAGAGGCUCAGUCAGGGUUGAAAGUAGAUAGAAAGUACACCCAGCUGAGUAAUAGUUUAGGGUUGAUAGAAGAGGAAGGCAUUCUGAGAUGUAAAGGUAGAUUAUAUAAUUCUGAGUUAGAGUUUAAUACCAAACACCCAAUCAUUAUACCCAAGGACCACAGACUGACUGAAUUGAUUGUCCAGAAAUGUCACAGUGAAGUGCAUCAUUGCGGUGUACGGGCAACCUUAGGAAGAUUAAGGACAAAAUAUUGGGUUGUGAAAGGAAGACAAAUGGUGAAGCGGAUUUUAGGUAGAUGCGUCACCUGUAAGAGAUUAGAGGGAAAAGCUUAUAGUAUAGCACAGACAGCAGAUUUGCCAGGAUUUCGAGUUAGGGAAGCUGCACCCUUUUCUAAUGUGGGAAUAGAUUUUGCAGGUCCAUUGUUUGUAAAGUGUUGUGCAAAAUGUCCGAGUAAAGUUUAUAUAGCAUUGUUUUCUUGUUGUGUGACUAGAGCUAUACAUUUGGAGCUAGUUGGGGAUUUGUCUGCAGAAACAUUUUUAUGUUGUCUACGGAGAUUUGCUGCUAGGAGAGGAAUGCCAAGUCUCAUAGUAUCUGACAAUGCCAAAACGUUUAAGGCAGCAGAAAGGGCAGUUAGACGGUUGUUUAACCAACCUAAAGUUAAGGCGGAAUUGCAAACUAAACGAGUAGCAUGGAGGUUUAAUUUAGAAAGAGCGCCUUGGUGGGGAGGAUUUUUUGAGAGAAUGGUUCGGAGUGUUAAACGGUGUCUUAGAAAGGUUCUAGGUAAUGCUAAAUUGACAGUAGAUGAACUUACCACAGUGCUAGUAGAGAUAGAGGGUACAUUAAAUGCUAGACCAUUAACAGAUGAGUAUGAAGAGUGUGAAGGAGAGGUUUUGACACCGUCACACCUAAUUUAUGGUAGAGCUAUUAACUUCAUACCACAGAGGGAAGUAGUUAGAGAGGAACGUAGUUGUGGAGAAAGAUUUAAGUAUAUUACGUUGAAAUUACAACAUUUCUGGAAGAGGUGGCAAAGUGAGUAUCUGACAGGGUUGAGAGAAUUUCACAAGUGUAAGAGUGGAAAUGCGAGAAAGAGUGUGAAGAAGGGAGAUGUAGUGACAGUGUAUGGAGAAGGAGAGAAACGAGGUAAUUGGAAAUUAGCGAAAGUAGAAGAACUAAUUAUAGGUAAGGACAAGGAAGUUAGAGGGGCCAAAGUAAGAGUUGCAGGGAAGGGUAGACCAGUUUACCUGAAAAGACCGAUCCAGAAACUUUACCCGUUAGAGAUUCAAGCUCGACCGGGUGGGAAAGGGAAGGAAGGGAAUUCCCCUCCAGCUGAGUCAGAAGGUUCCUUGCAUGAAUUGCAUGAGCGUCCAAGACGAGCUGCUGCUGUUAUUUCAAAAGCGAAGACAAGGGCGAUGCUUGAUUCAUAGAUGAAUCCUUUAUGAAUCAAGGUGGGUGGGGUGUUGUAAGUUCCCAGCGCAGUGCCGCCAGUUUUCCACACAGCAGUUGCUUCUGCUAUACUUGAUGUAAAUAUGUGUAUAAUAUUGCUUAAAAUACGUCACAGUGAUUCCUUGUAAUUUAAUACUAUUAUUGAUUGAGGCAAAUAUGUAAAUUCAGUUGUGAUCAGAUCGUAGCGAGACGAGGAAGUCUGAAAUCGCGUUGUGAAUAGAAAAUCUUUCCAAUAAAAUAAAUUGAUAGAAUACAGUCCCCUGAAUGUUGUUGUGUGUGAACCAGUGUGCGCGGAGAUCAAAGUGAAGAUUCUGCAAAAGACAUCAUAGACACAAUAUAAAAAUCUAUUUAAAUAUCGACCUAAUUAAUCCUUCGUAUUACAGAUGAUAUUUUUAAUAAUAGUUUUCUAAAUGACAGUAUAUUUGUUAUUAUAUUUUAGACCAAAGCUCUGAGUGAAGAAUUUUGCUUACUUUAA